GGUGAUUGAGACUGUCCAUCGGCGGAAUGGUGAGUGAAGGUUGUUUGAUUGGCAGAAACACAUUAUAGCCAAUGAAAAGUGAAUAUAGUCGGAAUCUCGUGGAAGUUGAAGUGAAGAGCAGAAGGCUAGGAAGAGGCUAAGCGUUUUCGGUUCUGGAGCGACUACAUUCGUUGGAGACGCGUGAAGUGUACUGAUGUAUCCCGCUGGGCAGGUUGCACCUUGCAGGUAGUUAUUGUUGGGAUUCAUAGUUUGGUUUGCUAGUUUUCCAUUCUUUUGAUAGUUUCGCGACAGGAAAUUUCCGCUUUCCUGACGAUCAAAGCUAUGUUCAGCGUCAAGUAGCCGCUGGAGAUCAAGCGACAAGGUCAGUGGUGUCUCUGAUAACCGCGAUGCGAGGUACGGCUGCAAACAGGAAGUUGCGUUACGUGGUUUUAUAAUGAACGACCAAGAGAACAAAAGUGUGUGCUACAGCUGAUGAUUUUGUGGUGCUCGCAUCGAGUGUAUCACUCUGAGUACUGCGAGACAUCUCCAUUUGUAAAGCAAACCACAUCCAGUGUUAGGGGGAUGUUUUUAAUCAGCGUAAAUCCGUGCUCCCUAGUAUGUAUGUCGAAGCUUCUUGGCGAUGAUUAAGCUGUCAGCAUUAUCACAACAGCUUAAGCGUGUUUAAUUCACUUCCCAACAACGUGCAAUAUAAGUUCGACAACUAAAAUUACACGUUAUUUGAAAGUCCCAACUUGGAAACGACUUUGGCAAUCCUGCAGGUAUAAAAGACGAAGAGCGCAACUUGCUCUACGUGAUUGGAGUCCAUGGUAAAGUGGCACAUUGGCACCUACGCUCGUUUGCGGCCUCCUCGUCGCGGACAUGACUGUGCCAAGUUUGAUCUCGAGAGGGUUGACGAUGGCAGAUUUUGCAAAACAGUGAUUGCGUUUCCUCCUCCAGAUGACGAUCAGUCUCGAAUACACCUGAAGCAACGUGACGGCGUCGACUUCCACUUUAACGACGUUUUUGAUCCCAGCGUCUCUCAGGAGCACGUGUUCAACGACGUUUGCCUUGAUAUCGUGUACAGUGCAUUGGACGGCUACAACGGGACAAUUCUUGCUUAUGGCCAGACUGGCUCAGGCAAGACCUACACGAUAACGGGAGGUGAACACUACGCUGAUCGCGGCAUUAUUCCUCGAGUACUCUCCACUAUCUUUGAGGAAUUCGAGAAACGACCGAACAUGCGUUAUUCGUGCUACAUUUCUUAUCUUGAGAUCUACAACGAAAAUGUCUACGACUUGCUGGACAGGUCUCACACUGAUCGACCAAUAGAGGACUGGACGAAAGUUCUUCUCAUGGACGAUGAUGAGGGUGAUAUGCACUUCCGAAAUUUGGGUGUAUUCGAGGCCGUUUCAGAAGAGGAAGCACUGAACCUUCUCUUCCUUGGCAACAUGAACCGCGUCACAAGCGAUACGCCAAUGAACCAGGCCUCCUCGCGCUCGCAUUCAAUUUUCAGCGUCAUGAUCGAGUCCCGUCCGACCGAUUCUGACUUGAUCGUAACUUCCAAGCUUCAUUUAGUCGAUCUUGCUGGUUCAGAACGCGUUUACAAACGUGAUGGUACGCAACGUAUGCGAUCGGAAGGAAAACACAUCAACCUUUCUCUUCACCACCUUGAACAGGUGAUCUUGUCGCUACGAACCAAAAAGAACGCAGUGUCGAGAACGUAUCACGUUCCGUACCGCAACUCCAUGCUUACGUCAGUAUUACGAGGCAGUUUGGGUGGCAAUUGCAAGUCAGUCUUCAUCGCGACGCUAAAUCCUGAGAACGAUUUCCUCGAUGAAUCGAUUUCGACUUGUCGUUUCAUGCAACGGUGCUCCGAGGUGGCAGUGGACAUUGCAGUAAACACAGAAGUGGACACCGAAAAGCGCUUGGAGUCGGUCGAAAAGCAUAACGCUGAGCUUGAGACAACAAACCUCCAGCUACAGCAACGAGCAGCACAACUUGAAAGGGACAUCAAGGACCAGACGCUUCAGUUUGCCAAACAGGAACAGCAAUGGGGACAACGUCUCACUUUAGCGCAAGAAGAGACUCAGGCAGCUUUAACUGCAGCAAAAAAUGCACGUGAUAAAUCGGAUCAAGCUGGUAAAAAGAUCGACUGGAUGCAGUGCGAAGAGAUCGUGGAGAGAUUGCUACUCACUGGUGAUUUACCACGCGACGAGCUCGACAAACCAAGCAGUGAAGGGGAGUUCGAAGAAGCACGACUAUUGUAUGAUGCAAUUGCGCAAGAAAUCAGAGAACUAGGAAUGGCUACAGCGCUCGGGUGUCUGGUAGUGUUGAAGGACAACACGUUCUUUGCGUCGAAUACUGCAGCAGAAUUACAAGAACUCAUGACCAAGCAAACGCGAACAGUGGAGACUCUCGAACAACGACUUCGAGAACAGAAACGCGAGGCUGAACUUCUGAAAGAACAAAUCCAGAGAAUUACAGAGUCGCAGAAAUCGGAUGGACCAAAAGAAACUAUGCCACGCUCAAAAUCGCACUCUGGAGCUCUUCGAAAGCGUCAUCCCUCCGCAAGAGUAGAUCGAGACAGCGUCAGUGACAGUGAGAACGAUACUGAGGCUUCCGAAACACACGAAUAUGUUCGUCCGUCUGCUGCUCGAUUGCAAAGUGCGCAGACAAAAUCAGAGUCUAGCGGGCGCAAGGUUUCCAAGCGAUCCGAGUAUAGCAACCCGAGCGUAUCCGAAGAAACUCCACUCGAUGACAAGCAGACUACAGUUCGAAAUGCUGCGUUAACAACGAAUGAUGUAGAGAUUCCGGUGCCUCCACCUGCAGGAAAUCCUCGAAAGUCAGGCAGUGACUUGAUCAGGAAACGUAUGGAGCUUUUACGCAAUGGGAGUUUGUUCGUCAAGUACGGGCGCUAUGGGAAACCUCAUGUGCGUUUCGUUUGGUGCUCUACUGAUCUCGAGUAUCUCCAUUACCGCCUUGUGAACAGUACAGUACCGAAGGCGACCAUACCCACGCGUUCUAUCGUCGGUAUAUGUAUUGGCCAGGAAACUCGAGUGUUCGAGCGUGCCAAACAACCAGAAAGAGACCCACAUUGCUUCUCGGUCGAAUACGAAGAGAACCGCACUUUGGAUCUUGAGGUUGCAGACGGUGAGAGUCCGGAAGUCAAGAAAGCGAAACGUAAUGACUGGGUGGAAGCAUUGCAAUUCCUGAUCAAGCUGAAAGUUGCUCCUCAACAGAAGACCAACGGAUCAACAGGGUAG